AUGAUUUCCCUAUUUUUCCUAGCUUUUCUAGCUCCAAAAUCUUCCGCCUAUAUCGGAUUGUAUAAUGAUUUGAAUUGUACAAUGUUCAAUGGAACAUCGAGACCUUUGAUGUGUUAUACACUGGAUACAGCUACUCCGGCGGCAAUUUAUCGGGAUGCGCAGGCAACUGCGGUUGCCACGUGUCCCAGAACUUGUGGACUGUGUUGUAGGACCAGUGCGUUCAUGUGCAAGAAUUUGAUUUACCCCCGAAUCGACUGUAAUACCAUCACCAGAGCCCAAUGUCAGUCUCCCGUUUGGCGUCAGAUUCUAGCUGAAGACUGCCCAGCCAGAUGUGGAUUCUGUGACCUAAAUGGUUGCAUCGACGCGGUUCCUGGCUGUGAAAAUGAUCCAUCCAUAUGUCAUACCAUUGGAAUGGAACAAUUUGUGAAUCAAAACUGUAGACGGACUUGUAAUCGGUGCUCGGUGAGCACUCAGCCACCGUGUGCUGCCGGGAAAUAA